AAAAAAACUCCGGACGUAAAGUGAGAUGGAUGACCGAAGGACCAGGCGGAACUUCCCUCCUGUCUCCCCAUCAAAACCGCGGACAUUUCCCCCUCUGGAAUACGCAAGCUUGGGCAUAAGAAUGCUCACUUAUCAAACAGUAUUAAUCGCCACUGCUCUGCUCGUUUUUAGCAAUUGUGGUGUGACAGCAUCCAAGCGACAGAUAACCAAUGUGGAUCUCCGGACAGGAGUGGUAGAGGGCGAGACACAGCACGCCCGGUUCUUAGUCUACCCGACCCCAUCAAGAACUGGCCGGUGCGACGGUCAAGCCGUGGCCCAAAUCGACUUCUCCGGACCCUACAAAGUAGCCAGAUUGAUGCUCCGUUAUGAAGACGUCGAGCCCCAGGAUUGGACGCUGGACGUAUCCGACUCUGCAGCCGGGGACGGCUUCGGCGGGGACGGUGAUGAGAUCAGCAAUAUGGCGGAAACGCAAGUCCACAACAGACAGAUGCGCGUUUAUAGUAACAGCCUCCCAGGACACACCGUGGCCACCAUAAACGGCGGGCUGCUCCUCAAAGUUGUCGACGAUGUCGUGACGGCGGGGACAACUUUAGUUAUUGAAAUCUCAGACGAGAGGUUACGAUGGAACAAUAAUGAGUCCAUACGGGGAUCUAUUGAUAGUAGAUAUUUGUACACUCUGUCGGGACAGGCACCAGUCUAUGGACAAGUGGAUUAUUUCAUUUAUGCGGGAUUUAACCGAGUUCCCGCGACGACUACACGGAAUGGUACGGGUCUGUGCUCAGCGAGCAUCAUUAUGGUCAAGUCAAAAGCACAUAGACUCGCCAGAUCACCAAUCAAAGCGGAAGAAGUUUUGGCCCUCCUCUGCCAGACGAAGAUGCUUCGAGUGGAUUCUGUGGAGACGCGUGGGCAAUCCGUGGGCAAUCCGUAUCUCUUGAGCUAA